AUGGGAGUUUUUCUACGAGAUUUCCAUCGACAAAUUGAACGAGUUCACUCAGAAACAAACACAACAGAAUUACGUAUUGCAUAUCGAGGACAAGGUGUGUUAAAUGCCGACUUUGAAAAGAUGAACAAGAAUGAAGGUGGUCUUCUCUCAUUCAAUAACUUUCUGUCUACGAGUACCAAUGAACAGGUCUCAUUUAUGUAUGCGGACAGUACUCAACAAAAUUCAAAUGUUACUGCACCAAAGGCAGUUGAUUGUUGCGGUGGCAAUGCUUGCAAUAAAUGUGGCAAAUGCUGUGACUGGUACUAUGGCAAAUAUGGUUGGACGGGUCGUGCGGAUGCAAAAUGUAAGGGUCAUAAUCCUCGUUUUAACACUUUUAAUGGUGUUGACUUUGAUAUAAGUCUUUUUGGUAUUCGUGAUUAUUACGUGGGUCGUCAUCAUCUUUUUUUUGGUUGUAAAUGUGAACCUCAUGAAGAUACAAAACGCAAAUAA